UUCAGCAAGAUUUUAUAUGUAGAAAAAAUUAUUCAUUAUUGGGAUUUUUUGAAUUUUACUUUGAUAUUUUAAACUUUACUGAUCUAGCUAUACUGAUUUAUAGAUAUAAUGUACUGUGAUCUUGCCAGGCUACAUUUGUUGCAUAUAACGUACUGGGUCGACUCUACACUGGGUAUUCCAGACUAGACAGUACGACGGAAUGCAUAUACUGUUCGUGUUGUACCGGCACAGAUCAUGUAACUUUUAGACUGGAGUGAAAUAUCUAAGGUGUGCAACAUCAGGCUCCAAUGAUAUAAAGAUUAUAAAUUUUAUCUAUCGGUUUCUUUAUUAGUCAAAGUUUCCCCGCAAAUUCUCCGAUAUUGUUUAACCAAGGUUGGAAGAGUAACUCUCCGUUGAGUAGAAUUCUACGGACUUUUCUCCGACAAGAGCGCAGAGAUAGUUCUUCUAUAAAGAUCAAACAGAAGUACAAGUGCAUUCCUUGCUUGGACAUACAGGGGGAUCCAUAAUAUGUUGAACUAGGAAACCAAUUGUUAGACUCAAGUGAUGAUCUUGAAUAGUCCAAUUAACAGAAAAAACAACAGUUGUUUAAAUUUCUUCUCCCCAAUAAAUUUGGGUUAGUUCACUUUAAGAGUAAUAUUUAUGAUCUAAUAAUAUUUUGGCAAAAUCGAAUGUUUAGGUGGAGGGUAAUUAAAAUCAAUAGUUUUAUGCCAAAAAACAUUAAUUUACAGUAAAAUUAAUACUGCACAUGGAGAUAAAGGUCUUUAGAUUGGCAUACAUUCUUUAUUUCUGUCUUCAGCUAUGACGUAAAAUGUACACCUGAAAGUGCUAUUUUUCUAAUUUAUUGAUUUCAUUAUUGUAAACAUAAAAAACAUGUUUUAUUUAUCGUAGAAAAAAAAUUACAAAAAAAUGGAAGACGAAUGUGAUUCAGGUUGUUCAUCGCACUACUCACUAGGAGCAGUUUAUAGGACUAGGGAACUACCAAAGGAUGAGCUGGCAAAGUUAUUGGCAGAGGAACCAAAUUUUGAAGGAGAUAUAGCAGAAUAUUUGGCGGAUUUUCCAAGUAUUGGUAGCGGUAUUCAACCCAGCGAACCACAGUCUGAAGCUGAUCUUGAAGAGCCUGCUGCUGUUGCUUGUACCUGUAUCCAUGAGAAUUAUCAACCUCUGAUUAAAAUCAAUAUAGAGCGAGGCAGCCAGCAUAGUGCGCAAGUUCAGGGGGAUUUACAAAAACUUCGUGAACUCAGAACAUUGAAGGCGCAUUACUAUCCAGAGGGCGGCUGGGGUUGGGUAAUUCUUUUGGUUACAUCAGUUGUGCAACUUUUAGUUGGAGGGACUCAGAUAUCCUUGGCAAUAGUUAUAUCUGGCUUCGAUACCAACUAUCCUAUCAGACGGCUGGAACCAGAUCAUCAAACCUUUAUAGGAUUGCUGUGUCCGAUGUCUCUAGCUGUAUCUCUUCUUGUGUCUCCAGUAACUAUUGCUCUCUGCAGGAGAAAAUCCUACAGAUUAACUGGUGUAGUUGGAGGAUUAGUUACAGCACUCGGGUACCUUUUCUCAUCUUUUGCAACACAAUUUCAUCAGCUGUUUAUCAGCUAUGGUUUAGUAACAGGAAUUGGAACUGCGAUGGUUCGUGAUUCUGCAAUAUUGAUGGUGGGCCAGUAUUUUAAAAGGAAGAGGGAAUAUGUUGAAGUGAUGAUUGUUGGAAGUUGGGGGCCUGGAUUCUGUAUUAUGUAUCCUAUUAUUAACAACGCUAUCAGAGUUGUGGGCUGGAGAUUGGGGCUGCAAGCUAUUACAGGUCUUGUUGCUUCUGCUUUCAUUCUUGCAAUUUUCUAUAGAUCUGCCAGCCUUUACCACCCACAGAGGCGAGCAAUCCUUCAUCUAAAGAAUCAGAGGAGAAAGAUAAAGAGUAAAAAAGAAGACAAGGAAAACAUAUUAAAAAUAAUUAUUAAUUUGGACGGCUCAGGACCUUUACGAAGCAGAACUGUACAGAUUCUUCUAAAUGCUACAGGAAUAUCUGCAUUUGGUCUCUACGCUCCUGUCAUUUAUAUGUGGAGCUUUGCAGCAGCUGAUGGAGUUUCAGAAAAACUUAUUUCAAGAUUGCAAACUUACUUUGGAAUUGGUUGGAUAAUAGGUUGUUUGGUUGGCAGUUUGGUGCUUGUUGGCAGUGGUAGAUGCUACAUCAUCAGUAGACAAUACCUUGUACAAUGUACUGCACUGUGUACAGGUGUAAACAUCUUCUCCUUCAUUUAUAUACAGGAGUAUCGAAGUUAUGUACUAACUGUAUCAAUGUACGGUUUCCUGUUGGGUGUGUACAGUUACAGUUUAAAAAUGUACGUGUUCGAGAAGGUUCGAGCUCGCAACUUUGGUUCAAGCUGGGGGUUCGUUCAGGCCUGUCAGGCUAUACCUAUAGGAUUGAGUGUUCCCAUUUUUAGCAUGUUUGAGGAUAGCCUGGGACCAAAGUCAGGUUUUUAUUUCUGUGGUUUCUGUAUUGUGGCCGGAUCUUUGAUACUCUCUUGUAUAGAUGUACAUAAGAGGCAGCUGAGAAAGAAGAACAGAAGACGACAUUCAUCAAGACAUACUGAGGCAGAAUGCAAGGUAGCAGAAAUUGACCAGGAGUAUACGGUCCACCGGAGGAAAUCCUUUGCUGAGAUGGAAGACGACUUUCUACCUCCGAUCUCCCUCCAGACCCCGGGGAAUAUUGGGUUCAUACCAGAGGAUGAGGAUGAGGAGGUAGAUGAGGGGGAUCUAGAGUAUGGAGAUGUUCUCCUGGAGGAACUAGAGAUCCUGGAGAAUAUUACAUCAUGCGACAAGGUUGAACACUGUCUGAUGUUCAGUGAGUUUGAACAUAAUCUUGGGAAUAGUUUUGGGAGUAACCUUGGGAAUAAUCUUGGGGAAAAUGUUAGGAGUAGUAUUGAGAGUCAAUUCCUGGAGUUUGGGUCCCCGGAUAUAUACAGGAAAAUAAGAAAACCUACGAGUUCUUCCAGAAGAAGAGAAUGGAACAAAAAGCCAGGAAUAUUAAAAAGAGAGUGCACUAUCAUUCAAGAAGAAGAAUUGGACUAAAACCAGACUUUACCACAUCAUAACGGACUAAAGGCGGACAGGGGAGAAAGGGCAGACUAAAGGCGGACAAAAGACUAACUAAAGGUUUACUACAAGUGGACUAUAGGCGGACAAAAGACUAACUAAAGGUUUACUACAAGUGGACUAUAGGCGGACAAAAGACAUACUAAAGGUUUACUACAAGUGGACUAUAGGCGGACAAAAGACAUACUAAAGGUUUACUACAAGUGGACUAUAGGCGGACAAAAGACAUACUAAAGGUUUACUACAAGUGGACUAAAGGCGGACAAAAGUCGGACAAAAGUCGGACAAAAGGCGGAUAAAAGGCGGAUAAAAGGCUAAAUAAACGUGGACUAUAAAAGGUCAGCUUACAAGAACUACAGACGAAUUAAAGGCGGACUUGGGACACGCUAACGAUUUACUUAAGGCAACUGAAGGCGAACAAACCCUGACUUUCACUUACAGCGGAAAAUUUUGCUAAAUAAGAAAAGAAACUUUAUCUUAUUUGCAAUUUAAUGUUCAUAAAAGGUCUAGUUUGCAAUACGCUUUUGUGCUCUUAUAAUGCCAUAUUUAUUUUAAAAACUGUUCUUUUUUCAUUAACAAAGAUGUAGUGGUUAAAUAUGUAUGUAAGAUAUAUUUAAAUUUUCAACGUUAAAUUUUUUUAUUUCUUGAUGUUCAUAUACAUAUAGUUUUAUAUUUUAUGAUCUCACCGCCAUUUUUUGAACCAUUUUUUGAACCAAUUAAAAAAAUAGUUAUACCCAGAAAUGACGAGGCUUUAGUGAUGACUUAAAAAUCAUAAUUCACAGCGAAUUUAGUCUGUUGCCUUGAAUAGAGCCUGAAAGUGACUUACUUAAAAACAGGUUGCAAGUGGCAGGGAACCGAAACUUAAAGGAGAAUGUUUUCAUGAACUCUGUCAUCUCUAAGGUCUCAUCCUCCGUGGGUAACACUGUAUAUAUAUGUCUCAUUUUGCAUUCUCCUUAAAAAUAAAAUGUUUCGUAAAA